CCACAUGCUCGCAGGGGCUGUGGCUGGGGUGCUGGAGCACAGCCUCAUGUACCCGGGGGACUGUGUCAAGACAAGGAUGCAAAGCCUGCAACCAGAACCUGCUGCUCGUUACCGGAAUGUGCUGGAGGCCUUGUGGCGGAUUGUGCAGACUGAAGGAAUCUGGCGACCUAUGCGUGGAUUGAACAUCACAGCUACAGGGGCUGGUCCUGCCCAUGCCUUGUAUUUCGCCUGCUACGAAAAAUUGAAAAAGACACUUACCAACCUUAUCCAUGCUGGGGGCAAUAGUCACGUGGCCAACGGUGCAGCAGGCUGUGUGGCAACAUUGCUUCAUGAUGCAGCCAUGAAUCCUGCAGAAGUGAUAAAACAAAGAAUGCAGAUGUACAAUUCUCCGUAUCAGCGAGUAACAGACUGUGUGCGUGCUGUGUGGUGCAAUGAAGGGGCAGGAGCUUUCUACCGAAGCUAUACCACUCAACUGACCAUGAACAUCCCCUUCCAGGCUAUCCAUUUCAUGGCAUAUGAAUCCCUACAGGAACACCUCAAUCCCCAUAGACAGUACAACCCUAGUUCCCACAUGGUAGCAGGUGCCUGUGCAGGUGCCAUUGCUGCUGCCGCCACCACACCUUUGGACGUUUGCAAAACAUUGCUGAAUACCCAGGAAGCCUUGGCACUGAAUACCAACAUCAGUGGGCACAUUACAGGCAUGGCUCACGCAUUCAGGACGGUAUACCGCGUGGGCGGGCUAACUGCCUAUUUCCGUGGGGUUCAGGCACGUGUCAUUUACCAGAUGCCCUCCACAGCUAUUGCAUGGUCUGUGUAUGAGUUCUUCAAGUACAUCUUAACAAAACGAAAGGAGGAACGGUUGUCCGGGAAGUGAAAUGCAUUUUCAGAUUGGCUGGUGCCAAACUCAGAUGAAAAGCAAGACUUUGGAAUACUGAUGCCGCCUCUUGCCUGCUGCUGCAUUUUGCACAGCCCAUUGUUCUCUCAAUGGAAAGUAUACAGCAAACAGCAACUUCACCUGCUUUUAGCUUAUCACCUAACAAGCAUGCCCCACUUGUUGGAUACCUAUAAAGACCAGGGUGGCUACCAGGAAUUACUGUGAGCAUAUUGGAAAUUGGGGUGAUAACCUGCAGUCUCAGAAGUGAUUGCAGGUAAGAGUUAGUAGAGGCAGAAGAAGUGUUAGCUAAGCUGUUGUCUAUUAGCACUCACACAGACCUCAUGCUCUUUGAGAAGGCUUUGAUUGUUGUGGCCCGUGGCACCUCCAAUAAAGUCUGCUUUAUUGUCCUAG